GUGGAGACGCCAGUGCGCACUGUGUGUGGUAUGAUGAGGAUGCUGAAACCUACCAGGACUUUCCAUGGACAUACAACUACGUGUAGUGUUACCGCAUUCAGCGCAGUCUCGUCAAAAUGAAACCCAAAUGAUGAGCGCCAUGGUGGAGUCGGAACCUGUUGUUUGGAACUUUACGCUCAAAUUAGACAACAGCACGCGCGCUAAUGAGACAGCAGCAGGAUAUCCAGCAGAUGAAUAUUAUAAUAUUGUUCACGUCACGGAAACCAAAAUUCUUCCUGCAUUUAUUGGAUUUUUGUGCUCCACCGGGCUUGUUGGAAAUAUUCUUGUUUUGGUGACUAUUUUAAGAUCUGCCAAAAAGACUGUGCCAGAUGUGUACAUGGGGAACCUGGCUGUGGCCGACCUGGUCCACGUGACUGUCAUGCCGUUCCUGAUUCACCAGUGGGCGCGUGGAGGGCACUGGGUGUUCGGCAACACGCUCUGCACCAUCAUCACCUCUCUUGAUAACUGCAACCAGGUGGCAUGCGCUGCAGUCAUGACCGCUAUGAGUUUAGACAGAUACCUGGCCCUUGUUCAUCCAUUUCGCUUGUUGAGUCUCAGAACCAGAUCCAGGACAAUCCGCAUUAACCUGUUUGUGUGGGCAGCCUCCUUCAUCAUGGUUCUGCCAGCCUGGGUUCAUGCUAAAGUGAUCCGCUUCAGGGACGGUCUUGAGAGCUGUUCCCUUAACCUGGUCUCUCCCAAAGAAGUGCUCUGGUAUACACUCUACCAGACUGUGACCUCCUUCUUCCUGCCAUUACCUCUGAUUCUCAUCUGCUAUAUACUGAUUCUUUGCUACUCCUGGAGAAUGUAUCGCAAGAACAAAAAGGCUCACAGGUAUAACACCACCCUGCCUCGGGAACGUGUGGUCCGCCUCACUAAAAUGGUCCUGGUUCUGGUAGCGGUUUUCCUGGUCAGUGUUGGGCCGUACCACGUGUUGCAGCUAGUUAACUUAAGUGUACCACGCCCCUCAUUAGCGUACCACACCUGCUACUACCUGUCUGUGUGCUUGAGCUAUGCCGCCAGCAGUAUAAACCCCUUCAUCUACAUUCUGCUGAGUGGACACUUCCGCCACAGGCUGGUCUGUCGGGAUGCACCCAGCAUGCCGAGUGUGGAACGGGAAAUCCAGGCCCCCCGCUCCAGUUUUUAAGCUGAAUUCACACUGAAACACACAUAACACUGUAAAUGGAUGAAUCAAUGCAUAAGCCUUUGUUGGUCUUAGGCAAAGUGCACUUGUUUUGGAGAAAGAUUCUUGUUUCUUGUUUUCAAAUCUAAUUGUUGGGAGUGAUUUUAUAAAGGAGGCAUUAGCUGUUUUACAUCUGCAUGUAUGCAUGUCUUGCACUUUUUACAGUAGGCCUGAGUUGUAAAUGUUGCGUUAUUAUUGUUUAAUGUGGUUUUUGGCUCCCUCUACUGCUGAGUUUAAGUAAUUCACUCUACAUUCUAUCUAUCUAUCUAUCUAUCUAUCUAUCUAUCUAUCUAUCUAUCUAUCUAUCUAUCUAUCUAUCUAUCUAUCUAUCUAUCAUUAUGCCUAUAAACCUUAAAAAAAUUUUAAACAAGUCUUUAUUUUGCAAAUGUUUAAAGUUCGUUUUUACAAACUACACUUUUCUUCCUAAAAAUUAAAUGAAAAUGUAUUUAGUCUUGACUUUUCAAUAUUGUUUUUUUCUUUUUUAUCUAUUUCCUUUCAUUUCAAAUUUGAAUUGCAAUUAUGCCAUUCAAAUUGAGAAACUGUAAUUGCAUUCUUAGUUGAAAAUGCAUGUUCGAUUCAAUUCUGAAUGACACACAACCCUGCCUUUAAUUGAAAUUGAAUUAAUGUUUUGAAGGGCAUUUGGCAGUAUCAGGUCGCAUUCAAUUGUGGUCUGCAGUAUUCAUCAUCGGAGAAUACAAUAUAAUAAUAAUUGUUACGUGUAUAAUAAUACGUUACGUGGUUGUCUGUUAUGGUGGUGUAUAUUCCGUUAGGUGUUUUGGUGUUUUUUCCUCUUUGUGUCUCUCUGCUGCUCUACCAGGUGCUUGCUUACACCUGCUGCUCGUUACUGUGAAGAGUCUGCACACUCAACAGAAGCUUGCAGUGACAUUCGAACGAAAGCCUGCCUUCCAGAGUGCUGUGUCCCUUACCUGCCUUCUGCUUGUUGUCCUGUAUAGAGUUGAGACUGUGUAAUUUUCUUACUAAGUUGAGGCUUAUUGUAGCCUGUAUAGAGCGUUACCAUCAGUUCUCAUUGUUGUUACUACCUUAUGCUCAAACGGGCUGGAAGCUGUAGGGAGGUGGGUGCCAGUUUAAUUUUUGGAAUAUGUUUUUCUCCUGUUUUUGGUUAAUGUAGCCUACAUUUCUUUUGUUUUUGUUUUCUUUUGGUAGUUAAAGUAGUUUUACUCCUUAAAUUGUCAGAGGGUACUUUUUGUUUAUUAUUUUGGUAUGCCCCCUCCUGAAGUCUGCUUUGCUUCCUUUCGGUUUGCUUCGUCAAUUAUAUCUUUUGUUAGUAAAUCCCAUAGACUGUAGGUAUCCCUGUUGAGCUGAAAUUGAAUGUGUCUGUCGUGCAGGGCAGGGGACGGGCACACUCCAGUGGCGGCUCAUCGGGGGAGCCACAGCUUCCCCAAAUUUAGAAAAUGGGAGGAGGACGUUUUAAUGUUAAUAAAAUGCACAAUUCAUUUUAGGUCAUAUCUCAGAAUGUGUAUUUUUAUUUAUUUAUUUCAUUUUUUUUUUAUAUUUUUGUUUUAUAAUUUCACAGCUGUAAUACCAUAAAAUGUUACUGAGGUUGGGCGCCACUUUUCUAUCGCUGAUGUAAUUACUACCGCUAAUAAUAGAGAAGGGGAGGAGGAGGCCGGGUCAAAGUGUGUCGUUUUCUGACUAAAAGCAACCAAAAAGCCAUUUUAAAGUGAUAAUAAUAAUAAUAGUAAUAAUCUGCAGGGAUCCCCAGACCUAUACAAUUAGUGUGCCUCUAUUUUAAAACCCACGAACGGAAACUUCUCAUCUCACUUUUUUCUUUCUUUUUUUCUUCUCUCCACAGUUUACUCCCCUAGACAGACCUUACACCUGGGACGUAACCAUAGACUGUAUAAAAACAGGACGUAACAUAAAAAUUGUGUUCAGGGCACAGAAGUAGACCACAUUGUGUCCUUGUACUAUAAUAUUGCCAUGUUUUAUAGUUUCAAGCUUGACUGUAUGUGACGUUUAUAAAAUGUUAUAUUUUAUUAUCUUGUGAAUGUUAUGUUGUUAUGUGGUUAAAAAACCAUCAUACCAGCAAUAUGUUAAGUUCCUAAAGAUUGCUUUGUACUGUACAGAAUGUAUUGAGGCGUGUGAGCAUGUUUCCACUCAUCUUUUGUGAGUGCAUUACCAUUGUUACAAACAAAAAAAUAAUAAUAUUGCUCGGGACAAAAAGUUGCCAUUGUGGAGAAAUGGCAUUUUGGGAUUGUCUGGUGUGAAAGUGGACGUCAUGAUGAAGUAGCUGGCAGCAGUGGUGUAG